AUGGCUGCUGUAGUACCAUCAAAAGGCGGCGCUGCCACUGCUGCCACUGUUGUCACUGGUGUUGGUUCUACUCCGUCCGUUCCCGGUGCCGCGGAAACUGCUGCACAGACUUCCCCAUCCAUUGAGACCAGUGGAACAACUCCUGCUCAGCCUGCCACCUCUUCCGCCGAAACGACCUCUUCGCCUCCGCCUCCGCCUCCGACCACGUCCACUACAAGUCAACCGACUACCAGUAGCACUACGAGCAGUACUAGUACUACGCCCACGCCGGAGCCUACCACGCCGACCCCCGAGCCUACGUCCGCUCCGUCGUCCACUUCUUCGACCUCCACUUCAACUUCUUCCACCUCUUCCACUUCUUCUACUACGACCGCGCCACACACCACUUCAACUGCCGAGAAGACAACCUUUUCCUCGACCGAUGGAACUACCGUGGUUAUUAUCACCUCCACCAAAGCAGUGGCUGUUGACCCCGGUGCCACGUCUAUCAGCGCAACCGAUUCAGCCGCGCUCGCAACCUCCACCGAUGCAGCAGCCUCUGGUGGCGGCGGUCUUUCUCCUAGCGGCACAAUCGCUGUCGCAGUCGUUGUCCCGGUUGUCGGAGUGGCAUUGAUCAUCCUGGCACUGCUCUUCUUCUGGCGUAAGCGCAAGGCGAACAAGGCCGCAGAGGAGGAGCGUCGCAAGGAAGUAGAGGAAUACGGAUUCAACCCAAACAACGACCCUACCCUCCCCGCUAUGGGAGGCGUCGUGAUGCCCAAGGACAACGAAUCCUCCGGCUACCGCGGCUGGGGAACCACCUCUGCCGGCCGCAAGACAUCCACCAACAUGUCGAGUGGAAUGGGCGGCCUAGCCAUGUCGGAAGGAAGCGGCCCCGGUUAUCACCACGGCGCAACACCCAGCGAAGGCACCGUUCAAUAUUCCGAUGGCACUCGGCCCGACUCGGGUGAGAUUGUUGAACCCAUCGGCGUGCUGGGCGCCGUCCCAGUAGCUGCAAACAACCGCGGCGGCGACAUCCACCGCGGUCCCUCCAAUGCUUCCUCCGCUUACUCCACAGCCAACCGAUCUGACGCAUCGGAGGAAAGUCACAUGUCCGCUGCCCACCCUUCGGGUGGAUACUACGGUGAGAACCCGUACUACGGCGACAUCAACACGCACGGCGCAUACGGCGGCGAAGACUACCAGCCUGUGAUUCGCGAUGUCCAGGCGCGUCGCAAUACCCGCAUCGAGAACCCCGGUGUUUAUCCACGACAGGGGAAUGCAGGUAUCGCGCAGAACUUCUGA